AUGGAUAAAAUGGAUACUGCACCUUCUACAACAACAACCACUACUACUACAACUAGCAGCAGUACUACAGCUACUUCUAGUGGUGGAAGUGAAGCAGUCAAUCAACUAUAUGAUAUUGCACACCAAUUGGAUGCAAAUCCAUCGUUUGCUGACGACAGUAAACUCUUCUUGCAGAUACUGGAACUGUCGAAAGUAUCGAAACAAACUAAACAACUGAGCUCUCAGUUCCUUUCGAAAUACUUUAAGCGUUUCCCUGCACUGCAAGAACGUGCAGUCGAUGGACUGAUCGAUCUGAUAGAGGAAGACGACAUUCCAAUCAGAGUGGGUGCACUCAAGUCGAUACCCUCGAUCUGCAGAGACAAUCCCGACUACAUCACCAAACUCGUUGAUAUUCUUGGUCAACUUUUAAACACAGACUACAAGAGCGAGACAGAAGCACAAUCGUUCUUUAGAGAACGUAUACUCAAGCUGGUGACUGUGUCGACCGACGCAGAGUCCGAAGUACUGUUGGAGCUAUUUCAAUGUUUUCCAGAGUACUCCAUCAAGAAUGUAGUUGACUAUCUCGACUAUGUCAUUCCACUCUUUGAGUCGAAACCAUUUGUUCAAUACAAAAAGAAAUUGGUAUUUCUCAUCAAACAACUCAUUAAGAGAUCAAAGAUAUUCCCAAGUAUCAAUGAGUUGGACGAAGCCGACAAAACUGAAAUGUUGACAUUGUUUGCUCAGAUUUCACACCUUGCAAAUGUCAAUGAUUCUUCACCACUCUUUGAAAAGAUAUUUGGUUUGAUCAAAGAUAAUAUACCAUCACCAGUUCCAGAGCAAUAUGAAUUUAAAUUCCAAAUUUUAGAAGCAUUGCUGUUGUCAUUCUCGAAUUUGGGUAAUAAGAGUCCUGCUUUGUUGCGAAGUCUCUGUGGUUACAAAACAAACACUGGACAGCCAAGUGAUAUGGCAAUCGAUUUGGAUCCAAAGGUAUUCGAGGAGUUUGUUGCUCGACUUAGAGCACUGAAUGAGAAGAUCGGUGUCACCGACGCCAAGUUGAAAAAGGCAAAGGAAGUCAUUCCAAUGAGCGACCCCGAGCGUCCAAAGAUCGACCAAACAUUCGCAAUCACUCAAAAUAUAAUUGUACUUAUUAAGAAUCUCUCGAAAAACCCACCCAUUUUACAUGCAAAUAUUACACCCACCUUUAGUAUCAAACAACAAAAUAACAAGCAAAACAAACAAAACAAACAAAACAAACAGCAGCAGCAACAUCAACAACCAUUUAAAAAUAAUAAUAAUAACAACAAUAAUAAUCAAAAUCAAAAUAAUAAGUCCAAUAAUAAUAAUAAUAAUAAUAGUGGUGCUGGUGCUGGUAAGCAAACAAGAGAUCAACCAAAGACUCGUUAUUCUCCAUAUGUACCACCAAGUAUGAGAGGUGGUGGCGGUGGACAACGUAAACAGCAGCAACCACAGCAGCAAGGUUCCGAUGAUUUUUUAAGUGUUGGAAUGAGGAAGAGCGAUAGUUCUGGUUCGAAAAUUGGUGUUUAUAUAUAUAUUUGGUUUGUUUUGAAAAAUGCCAGAUUUACAGAGAGGAACAUGGAUGUUAUUUGGAGAAUCCAUAUUUUAUAUUCCAACACUAUUGAUAUUAGUGAUACCGAAUGUCUAUAUAGAAAUAAUAAAGAAGUAUAUUUGAAAUCAAUUCCAUUCCUGGUAUUUGUUUCUAUGGUUAUUGCAUUGGUUUUGAGAAUUAUAGCAGGUUUUACAGCAUAUCAUUAUGAUUCCGAUGCAAUUCAUCAAGAUAGAGCUAGUAUGGCAUUCUACGCCUUUGCCGUUCAAUUUAUGUGUAUAGAGUUUUUCUGUAUCAGUUUACUCUGGAUCAAGAUGGCAUUGGUAUUCUAUGCAAAAGAUGAUCUUCCAUUGAAUAGAGUAAGAAUAAUAGAUAUUAUAGUCUACGCAAACAUUGCAAUCUCUCUAUUAUUCUAUACUGUGUUUGUAAUCUUACAAGCUGUUUUGACAAAAGAGUUGACUCCAAGAUGGUGGGAUGCAGUAUGGAGAAUCUAUUUUUUGGUGAAUGUGGCAGUGUUGGCAAGUUCAUUAGCAUAUUUCGGACUUAAAAUACUUAUUCAAUUGAAUAGUAAGCGUGCAAUGGAUGAAAUUUUGAUAAAGAAGAUCAAAGGUAUCGUUGGAUUGACUAUUAUAUUGGGUUCUCUCAUUUGGGUUUUGAAUGUACUCUAUCUUACCAUCGGUAUUGAAAAAGCACCACAAGAUUGGUUGAAUCUCGGAAUCUUUAUAGCAGAGAACAUCAAUGUCUACUGCGUCUCCAUCAUCUUGGGAAGAUCAUACCUUUGUACUCGCAUUAGAAUUCUACUGGGAUUCCCAGAGAUCAUCGAAUCCAACUCUACAACAUCCAACGAACUGACUGUUACCGCACAAAAUUCAAGGAAAACAGUCGAAGUCAGUCAAACACUCGAUAACUCUUUUAUCGAUGUAUCAGUUGAUCAACAAUAG